AUGAAGAACCUGUUCAUGCAGGCAAUGCUUCUUGCUAGCCCGAAUGAGCAACGUCUCUUUCCUACAGCUUUCCUUUUCAACGAUGUGGGCUUAAAGAUAUGGAGCGAAAUCAUAGAGUCUUCGGACUAUACUCAAACAGCCGAAGAGAUCGAGCUUCUGCGCGAGUAUGGGGCGAGUAUUGCUGGCAAAAUCAAGCCAGGUUCUUCGAUACUAGAUAUCGGUGCUGGCGACGUUCGAAAGGUACUGCCGUUAUUAGACGCGUUCGAGGCUGCGAAAACUCCAGUCCAAUACUUCGCCGUCGAUCUCUCAGAAGAGGCUCUCAAAAGGGCCAUGUCCUUUCUAGCCGACCGCUACACAUAUGUCAAGUACUUUGGUCUUUGGGGUACGUUCGUCGAUGCGAUGGAAUGGUCACGCUCCAUAUACGGUCCACUCUGCAUUCUUUCCUUAGGUUCAUUCUUUGGCAACGACAAGUUCCACGAUGCUGUCGCACGCCUCUCUUCAUGGCGCGAAUUUAUGCGCCCCGACGACCGGAUGCUGCUUGGCCUCGAUGGAAGGCAAGAUGAGGCGCACCUCUGGAACGCAUAUCACCAGUCCAAUAAUCUGUUUGAGAGGUUCUUGAGGAACGGUCUAGAGUACUCGAACACUGUAUUGGGAUGCAGGUGGUAUUACGAAGACGACUGGAUCGUUGGGGGCGUUCUCCAGAAAGAGCCUUUGAUGCAUCGCUUCCAGAUUAUGGCGCGCAAAGCGGUAGUUUGCGAGGAGCUCAAUCUGCACUUCGAGGCAGGUGAGUUCUUGGACUGCUUCGAGGUGUUCAAAUACACUCCGGUGGCAAUGAAAGCUCAGUUCGAUGCAGCUGGUUUUCAUGUCGAGUGCAUGUGGACCUCACCCGCGUCCCCGAAUUCAUUCCACGACUAUUUAGUGUCGUUCAGAUCUACAUAG